UCAGGAGGCGAGACAUACUGUUUGCGAUCUCUCUUUCUCCUCUCUUUCCUUUUUCGCAUGAUAAUUCAGAGGGAAGAGAGAGAGAAAAUAAAGAAAACAGAGAGAGAAGGGGGGAGAAAGAUCAAAAGACGAAAUUGACCUCAAUUUCUCUGUUCUUGCUGUUUCUGCUUCUUCUUUGUUUCUUCCCUCUCUCAUUUAGCCGAUUUCAGGUUUGAUAAUUGUUUGUACGGUCGCCAUGAACGAGAAGGCCAACGUCUCUAAAGAGCUUAAUGCCAAGCACAGAAAGAUAUUGGAAGGUCUCCUUAAAUUGCCUGAGAAUAGAGAAUGUGCUGACUGCAAAGCCAAAGCCCUAUUCUGAGCUGGGUUCGCUUCCAAUCCUUCUUGCUGGAGUCACAAGCCUGAACAGAUCAAUGGGAGUAUUCCAGAAUUCCAGAGGUCCAAGAUGGGCAAGUGUAAAUUUAGGUAUCUUUAUAUGCAUGCAAUGUUCAGGGAUCCACAGAAGUCUUGGGGUGCACAUAUCGAAGGUUCGAUCUGCAACCCUUGACACAUGGCUUCCAGAGCAGGUUGCAUUUAUUCAAUCAAUGGGAAAUGAGAAGGCAAAUAGUCACUGGGAAGCGGAGCUGCCCCCCAACUAUGAUAGAGUUGGAAUAGAGAAUUUCAUUCGUGCAAAGUAUGAAGAGAAGAGAUGGCUCCCCAUAGAUGGAAAAGCAAAAUCCCCUCCCAAAGGGCAUGAUGAAAGAUCUCCUGGUCAUUGGCAGAGACCCAGUGAAAGAAGUGGGCAUCAGCGUGCCAGCAGUUCAGAGAAUAUGUUUGAUGAAAGAAAGAAUGCUCAACCACAAAGUUCAAAAGACAGUGUUCCUGUUUCAAGAAUUAGCAUUCCCUUUCCUCCCAAGGGACCUGAACAGGUCACUCCUCCAAAGCCCCAACAGGUUAUUCAGAAAAUUGAAUCUAAAGCGGAGCCAGGUGAACUAACAAAGAAUGUUGCAACUGCUGCUCCUGCGCCUAAAAUUGAUUAUGCUACUGACCUUUUCAACAUGUUAUCUGUGGAUGGUACAAGUGAAAAUUGCUCAGAGGCAGCUUCCAGUGAUGAUAAUGGAUGGGCAGGUUUUCAAUCUGCAGCUGCUGAAGAAGAACCAACAACAGACAAAACUGCUCCAACCAAAGUAGCAGAGAAUAAUACCAACUCCACUUCUGGAAUGGAGGAUUUAUUUAAAGAUACACCUUCCAUAACAAAAACUUCAGUGACAGAGAAACCACAGAAAGAUUUAAAAAAUGAUAUUAUGAGCCUUUUUGAGAAGUCCAAUAUGGUGUCCCCAUUCGCAAUGCAUCAACAGCAGCUUGCUAUGCUAGCACAGCAACAGUCCCUUCUCAUUGCUGCUGCAGCAAAAUCAGGUGGUGCAGACCCAAAAUUUCCUGGCAGUAUUCAACAGCCUGGAUCCAAUGGUGUUAACUCGCCUGCUCAAAAUUGGCCAAAUGUUGGAUACCAAAUUCCCGGAUUAGUGAUGCCAGUAGCGGGGCAGGGUGACUCACGAAAACUUAUGCAGACCGGUAACGCUGGACUCACUAAUCUAGCAGGAAGCUCUGUACCAUACCCAGCAUCUAGCUUUUAUCCCAUGGGGCAGGUUACCCCUGUUAAUGGUGGGAUAACAGCUGGAGUUAAUAAACCUCAAGCGGGAGCUCCAGUUUCAUCAGGGAAUUCAUCACAAUCUGGAAAGGAAUAUGAUUUCUCAUCUUUAACACAAGGCAUGUUCUCAAAGCACUGAAUUUCCCGGGGGACAAUGAUGGCCUUUUGAUACCAAUACCAAGAUAGUUGUAUUACAGGAAAAUAGAUCCUGAAAAGUUUUUUCCUCCUGUAUUGGCGAUUGUAAACUAUUUUGUAGAGGCAGUUUCAGUUUUCGUAUUUCAUAUUUGGUUGAUGGUUCAUUUGUAUGAGCCAGAUGUAUUCAGAGUAAUAAAGAUGGGUUUAGAUUGAUCUCAUAA